AUGACUGCUCCACUACCCAAGCGGAUCAUCAAGGAGACCGAGCGACUACAAACCGAGCCGGUGCCGGGCAUCUCAGCACAACCUCACGACGACAAUGCCCGCUACUUCGACGUCAUGGUUCAGGGCCCCGACGGCAGCUGUUAUGAAGGUGGUGUCUUCAGCCUCGAACUCUUCCUCCCAGACGACUACCCGAUGACACCGCCGCGCAUCCGUUUCCUGACCCGCAUCUACCACCCCAACAUCGACCGUCUCGGCAGAAUAUGUCUUGAUGUUCUGAAGAACAACUGGAGCCCGGCGCUACAAAUCCGCACAAUCCUGCUCAGCAUACAAGCGCUGCUUGGUGCACCAAACCCAGAAGAUCCUCUGAACGAGGCUGUGGCAAAGCAGUGGAAGGAGAACCAGGGUGAGGCGAUCAAGACGGCGCGGGAGUGGACGAAGCUCUACGCGCAACCGAAGCAGUAA